CUUUCUUAACAAAAUACUUUGCCACCAUCUUCUUCAUCAGUUUCGUAGUAAAACGAAGACCGAAAAAGGGCAGAAGAAAGGAACUAUUGGUAGUAUCAUCAAAUUCAAAACUCCUCCUUCCAUGGAGGCACACUCCCAAAACCCCAAUCCCAAUCCAAAUCCCCAAUCAAUGAGAGUUCUGAUUCGGCCAUCACCACCUCAAAUCCCACCUCCUUCUCCACCGCCUCUUCCGAACCCACCUGACCCUUCACCGCCUUCAACUUCUUCUCAAUCUUCCCCAAACGGGAUCGUUGUAGUUGGUUUCAUAGGCAAGCGCCGCGAUGACGUAACCCAACUCAUUAACCGAAUUAUUGACGCCAACGUAUUUGGGUCGGGGAAUUUGGACACCCCUUUUCGUUUCGGGAAGGAAGACUUAAUGAGCGAAGAGAUUCAGGAGUGGUUUAAGUUGAGGAGCAUCAGCUUUUAUUUCGAGGAGGAAAAGGGGAUUUUGUACUUGCAGUUUUCUUCGAUUAUGUGUCCUGUAAUGGAAGAGAGUUUGGAGUCUCGGCUGGGGUUUGAUUCUGGAUUUGAAGACUGCGAAUUCGGUGAUCUUCAAGGCUGGCUGUUUAUGUUCUCUGUUUGCCAUGUUGUAAUAUUAAUCCAGGAAGGUUCACACUUUGACACUCAAUUUCUGAAGAAGUUCCGAGUUUUGCAAUCUUCAAAGAAUGCUCUGUCUCCCUAUCUAAAGUCACACAUUGUACAGCCAUCAAACAUUCAUGUUUCAUCUUCUUUGAGGAUGCCCACUUCACUAGCAUCUUCUAAUAGUCCAUCUUCUGGGCGAAGCCGCAGCAUUUUAAAUCGUGGCGGUGGAUCAGUAAUACUCAUGUCUGGUUUAGGUUCAUACUCCUCUUUAUUGCCAGGACAAUGUAAUCCUGUCAUACUAUUUGUUUUCCUCGAUGAUUUUAUGGACGCAAAUUUUAACACUGGCAUAGGCCAGCAAGUGGAAGCUCCCACUUUAAGUCAGUUGAGUACAAAUAAUAUGGCUAGACCAAACUUGUCAACAAAAGGAUCAGGCUCAGUCGUUGUACUGGCACGCCCUGCUAAUAAAACUGAAGGUGGGUUCAGGAAGAAACUACAGUCAUCCCUUGAAGGACAAAUCCGUUUUUUAAUAAAGAAAUGUAGAGUAUUAUCCAGUUCUGAAACUGGUCAUGUAGGGUCAAGAAGUGGGGGUUUAUCAAGUUCAGCACCUUUGUUUUUGCUGGAUGCAUCAAAGGCUGUAGCACUUGUAGAUUCAUCUUCAAACAGUAGAGGGUCAUCUCUCGAGUUUGCUACUAGCCUCGUGGAAAAUGUUCUUGCUGGGAAGGCUACUUCAGAUUCUCUAUUGCUUGAGAGCAAUAGUGAGAGCACAAACAAGGAGGACAUACUUUCAGUGAAAGAAUUCAUUUCAAGGCAGUGUGACAUCCUGAGAGGAAGAGGAUCUAGCAGCAGUGGGCCUGCUGCUGGGGCUGGUAUGGUGGCUGUUGCAGCUGCUGCUGCUGCUGCCUCAGCUUCUUCUGGGAAGACAUUUUCGGCUCCUGACCUCCCUAGUUUGGAUUCUUGGAUAUCGUCAAGUCAACCUAUUCUUUAUGGAAUUCUUAAUGUGAAAGCUGGUAGCGAAGGUGAAACUGACUUCAGAAAAGAACAUCAGCAGAAUGUUAUUUUGCCAGCUGAUGAAGGGAUAUCCUCCAAAGUGGCUGAUUCAGCGAAAAUGGCAAUAUCAUUUUUGGAGAAUGGCAUGAACCUAAGCUCUAAGUUUUCUACUUUAUGGUGUGAAAAGGCCCUUCCAGUCGCCAGAGAACUUUAUCUCAAAGAACUGCCUCCUUGUUAUCCAUCGCCGCAGCAUAAAGCUCACUUGGAGAGAGCUUUAUUUGCUUUAAAGUCAAUGGUCAAAGGACCAGCUGUGCAACUUUAUCUGAAGAAACUGGAAGAAGAAUGCACAUCUAUUUGGAUGUCUGGAAGACAAUUAUGUGAUGCAGUUAGUCUGACAGGAAAACCAUGCAUGCAUAAAAGACAUGAUCUUGAAAGUGAUGCUUUGCUUUCAAGAGAUUCAAUCAAUCAACAUUCUAGUGGAUAUGUAUUUCUUCAUGCUUGUGCCUGUGGUCGUUCUAGACAACUACGGUCAGAUCCAUUUGACUUUGAAACGGCCAAUAUUACUUUUAAUGUUUUUCCUGAGUGUGACAAGCUUCUUCCAGCACUAGAAGUUCCACAGAAUGGUGCUAGUGGUCCUAUUAAACCUUCCUGUUGGAGUUUGGUAAGAAUUGGUGGUGCAAAGUAUUAUAAUCCUGCGAAAGGUCUACUCCAGAGUGGCUUUGUAGCAACUCAGAAGUUUCUUCUGAAAUGGACUAUUUUUCUUGGGAAAUACAAUACAGUCAAUGACUCAUCUUUGAAUGGUUUGACAGAAGGUUUUCCAAUGAAAAUUGUUGGAAGUAACAAAGGUGAAUUUGUUGCUGAAAAGGACACGAAGAAGACAGAUGAUACACAUCAAUCACAUGUGCCAAGUGAAGUUGAUAGUCAAAACAGGAGAUCAUUAGUAACCAUGAAAGCUGAUGACCAAAUAGCUAGUUCUGGUAGGAGAAUUUCCAGCUCAACCAUGAAAAAGCCUUUUUCUGAGGUUGUUGCUGGAUCAGCUGGAACGAAUUCUGCAUUUCCUCCACUUCAAACCAGAAAACCUGUUAUGGUUGCAGAAAAGGGUAUUAAGCAACAUGGUGUAAAAGAAAAUGGUUCAGAAAUGAACCUGGCCACUAGACAAGGAUCACAAAAGGUUCAUGAUAAUGAUGGUAAUCGUGUUCAUGCAGCUAACGGGGGGGCAGUCUCUGUCAAGGGCAUGACUAAUGUUGACCCAGUUUUAAAGAUAGAUAAUGAUGGAGACCCUGUUAAUAUGAUUUUUAGAGGCAUGACAAAAGGAUUCACAUCUCCAAAGCAUGUGGUUAUGUAUGUUGGAUUUGAGCAUGAAUGUCCCAAUGGACACCGGUUUAUAUUGAGCCCAGAUCAUCUUAAAGAUCUUGGUUCAUCUUAUGCAGCGCCUGAAGAAUCUCCUGUUUCUUUACCCAUUGAUAACUCAGACCAUAAGGCAGCAGAUUCGGCUAAGUUUAGUAAAAAUGGUGGUUUCAAGAACCGCAAGCAGUCUAAUGGAACAAAUAAUGCUGUUGUUCGCACUAUGAAUAUUCUGGAAGACUCGAAAGUGAGAGAACAAACUCCCAGUGAAAAAGUUUCUUCCUCCGUGAUGGAUCUUGGUGGAAAACUUGAAUCUGUUAAUGUAGAUGAAGGCAGUGCUUUGUCCUUGUUGAAUAGGAAUCUGCCAAUUUAUAUGAACUGCCCACAUUGUAGGGCGUCAAGGAGGAAAAAAGAUUCAGGAAAUGUUAAAUUCGCAGGCAGUAUAUCACAGCUUCAGAGGAUUUUUUUGGUCACACCUGCCUUUCCUGUUGUUUUAGCUGCUUGCCCAGUUGUACAGUUUGAGGAGUCAUGCCUGCCUUCAGCAGUUCCUGAUCACAACCAAAAGCUUCAAUUUGGCCUUGGCUGCCAGGUGAUUUUGCCACCGGAAAGUUUUCUUUCACUUAGGCUUCCUUUUGUUUAUGGCAUAGAAUUGGAGGAUGGAAAACUACACCCUCUAACACCUUUGGGGGAUCAACCACAUUUGACUGCUUGGAUUAAUAAAGGCACCACAUUGCAAAUUUUGUCGGAGGGAAGUGGGUUUAAACAAGGAUCUUCUACGUAAUGAUAUUUCACGUGAAAAGCAAUUUGGUUAACGUUGUGGUUUCCGGAGGCGGAUUGUUUAACCAACCUGGCAUCUGGUAAAGACUUACCUCAUAUGCCCUAUUGGACUUGUAGUUUGGGCCUUUACUUUUAUUUCUAUUUUUAAUCGUCAGGUUCUCCUUUCUUGUACUUGACCAUCUAGAACCAACAUAUGUUGGAAAAAACAAGUAGUUUGAAUUUUGUCAAAUUUGGAACUUUGAUCCAUGUUUUCGCUCCCUUUCCAUUAGAAAAAACCUCAGUACUCAUUGAUUUGGUGAUAGUCCCUUUAGUAUUUUUGUUGAAUUUUCUGUCAGUCUAGGCUUUAGAUAAGUCUUGCUUAACAAAAGAUGGCUUAUGCUUGGUUUUCCUUAUAUCUGACUAUAAGCCAUUGGGUGGUCUUGUAAAGGUUAGAUGGAUAGCUUAAGCUCUUGUCUUUAUUUGUAAGUAUUGGUUAAUGCUAAAGGUGCUUCAGCUAAUUGUAGAAGUUGGCAUUUUGCGACUAAGCUAUUAUUAUUGUUCUUAUGGGCAGGUUCAAAGUUGGGAUGGGGUUCCCAAGUGGCUGUACUCAGUUUUUUUGUCUUGGAUAUCUGGAGGUUUCUGAGUAAGGCUCAUGGUAUGGCUACUUAUUGGAAAAUUUAAUGUCUCUUGAUCCAUAUUGCAAAUAGGGAUUGCGAUGGUUCCUUUUAUUGCAGUAGGCAGUAGCCAAUUCUUUUUCAUGCCGUUUCUCUAUUACAAAUGGAAAAGGUUCAGGUGAAUCAUCCAACACCUACUGAAAAGUGAAUACAGCUUUAGUUGUGGCCUAGAACUGGACCUCUCAGUCAACAGUCCAUAAUCAGGAUCUAUACGAAAUUUCUCUUUAGUUGAUUGGUUUCAAUUGGUGUUUAAUAGUGAUCAUCAAUAACCCAUUUUUUGUUUACUGUCAGUAACCAGUAGCCAUCGUUGCUCUUUCAGUAGAGAUCUGAGAGUUCGGUAUAUUAGGCAAUUACAAAACUGAGCCAGUUGUGGUUCAUUAGUACUAAGCUAAAACAUCUUUCUCUGCAGUUGAUGAAGCAUCAAUCUAAGGUGGGGCGAGGAUGGUACUGCAUGGUUAGUUAUCUCGUCACCUUGUGUCUUUUGGGAUAAUCAGUUGAAUCGAAGCAGUUUCAAAUCUGAUAUUUUGCCGGAACGAGUUCAACCUGCAGUGUCAUCAUAGAAUGUUGAGCAUCGUUGCCCGUCUGACACACAUGAUGGAUGGGAUAGAUUAUCCUCAGCGUGGGGAGUGGCACCUGCCUCGGAGACAUUCUCCGUCAAGAAUGUGUUGUCUUUGAAAGGUGAAUGUAGAAAGGAGAAAUCAAUGCUCAUUGGAACAGUUUGCUAGGUGGCCUAAAAUUCAGAAGAGUGACGAACUUCUUGAAUUGAUGGUCGAACUUUGAAGAAGGCUUAAUUGAUCUUAUAUAUAGUUUAGUUAUUAAAGGGUCAUCAAUUUAAUUGAUCUGUCCCGGACAAUUAAACAUCAGAAACUAAUGUUUGGUCGAACGAAACGUGGCUUAGUUAUGUACUGUAUUGCAUUUUUAUUUUAUUUCUUUCCAGUUGACAACGCAACAACGUGAAACAUGUCGAAACUCGUUUCUGGACUUGCUUAAUACUACUACCUUCCAUCAUUAAUAGUAU